AUGCCAGCACCCAGCCCCCCGCCCCCGCCUGUGCACGUCCACUGCCAGACGCUGCCCCCCUGCAAGGACCUUGCCGCAGGCAAGGAGCAGGUGGAGAAGGCGCUCGACGCGGCGGUGGCGGCCAGGGCCGGGCUCCCCGCCGCCCUCAUACGCUGUGAGGCCCAGGUCCCUCGAACCCAUUCGGCGCUGGCCUGGCUGCAGGCGCAGCGCGCCGGGACUUCGGGGGCCGCUGCACCGAGCCGGCCGGCCCCCACGCUCUACUUCUCGCCGCGCCUGUCCCCCGGCCCCGAUUCCGCGGGCGCGGCGGCCGCCGCCUGCGAGGAGGGCGCGGGCGCGGUGGCUGGGGUGGGGGCGGCGGCCCUCUGGCGCGGGGCGCCGGGGGAGGCCCUGGACGCCGCCAGGCUGCACGGCAUGCAGCGCUUCACCUCCGCCGCCGCGCCCCGGGUCAGGGCCCUGGGCGGCUCGCGCUUUGACGCCCAGCGUGGCCUCAGCCCGGAGUGGGCAGCCUUCGGGACCUUCACCUUCCUCAUCCCCAGCGUGGAGGCGGCGGUCACCCUGGCCCAGGAGCUACUGGACGAGGAAAGCGCAGAGGGGGAGGCGGCGCCCUGCACGCCCUCCCUGCUCGACCCCGGCACGGCCCUGGAGAACUACAUCGCGGGGGGGCAGCAGGGGCUGGACGAUCUUCUAGAGGCGCUGGAGGGUACUCCUGCACUCGGCGCUCCCGCGACGGGAGGGGACUGCGGCACCCGAGACCCCGACUGCGGCGCCGCCGCACUUUCCAAGGUCGUGCUGGCGCGGCGCUCCGAGCUGCGCCUGUCCGGCGGCGCCGACCCGCUGGCCCUGCUAGCCUCCCUGCAGGCCCGCAACCCACGGGCCUACGCCCUGUUCCUAGAACUGGAAGGCGGGGAGGCCUUCCUGUCUUGCACGCCUGAGCGGCUGUACAGCCGCAGCGGCCGCAGCGUGGCCUCGGAGGCCGUGGCCGGCACGAGGGCCCGUGGCGGGGGGAGUGUGGAGAACGAUUUCUGGCUGGCCCUGGACCUCCUGCAGUCCAAGAAGGAGCACGCCGAGUUCACCAUCGUCCGGGAUUGGGUGUACGAAGCCUUGCGCGGCAUCUGCGCCACCGUGCGUGUGGACGUGAGGAAGACGGUGCUGAAGCAGGAGUCGCUGCAGCACCUGUACGGCCAGCUGUCGGGCACCCUGCUGCCGGCUGCCACGGAUGCAGACUUGCUCGCCGCCCUCCACCCCACCCCAGCCGUGUGUGGAAGACCCAGGGAGGCGUCCAGGGACAUGCUCUCCUCGCUGGAGCCCUUUGAUCGAGGAUUCUACUCUGGCCCGUUUGGCUGGCUGGGGGGACAGGGCGCCGAGUUUGCGGUGGCCAUCCGCUCCGCCCUCUUUGUCCCCGAGGUUCAAGCGCCAGAAUUUCCUGGCGUGCAGGCCCUGGGCCCGACAGCGAUGCGGGUGGCGCUGUAUGCCGGCGUGGGCAUCGUCCCUGGCUCCAAGGCGUCCCUGGAGUGGGCCGAACUUGAUCUCAAAGUGGCGGCCCUGGACCGGCUGCUGACCCCCGUUCCGGCACUUCAGCAGGCAAGGAAACGGGGGAGCCAAUGGGGGGCGCCCAACCUGAAUGCGGCCUACGCCAGGAUCUUGGUGGAGGAGCUCUGCAGGCUGGGAUGCUCCACAUUCUGUAUCGCUCCGGGGUCUCGGAGCUCCCCACUCACACUGGCUGCCGCCCAGCAUCCCCGGGUCCAGCUGGUGUCGGGGAUGGAUGAGCGCAGCCUGGCCUUCUGGGCACUGGGUCACGGGCGGUCAGGGGCAGCGCCAGCAGUCAUCCUGACGACGUCUGGGACGGCGGUGGCAAACCUGCUCCCGGCCGCGGUCGAGGGCUGGCAGUCCGGCACCCCGCUGAUCAUCCUCACGGCAGACAGGCCGGCGGAGGUGCGGGGCUCCGGGGCCAACCAGACCAUCCACCAGCCCGGCAUCUUCUCCUCCUACGUCUGCUGGCAGGCGGACCUGGCGCCCCCCAGCUCGGCCAUGCCGCCGCAGCACCUGCUGGGGUCGCUGGAUCGGGCGGUUGCUGCGGCGGGGGCGGGCCCAGUGCACCUCAAUGUCCAGUUGCGCGAGCCACUGGGCCCGGUGCCCGAACCCUGGGAAAGCACGGCGUGGCUGGAGGGCCUGGGGGACUGGGCGACCUCCUCCCGGCCGUGGAGUGUGCAGCUGGAGGCCGCCGCCUGCGCCUCGCGCCUCCCGCACUCCCUCCUCGCCGCCCUGUCCACCGCGACCCGCGGCCUGCUAGUAGCCGGGGAGCUGCGCGCGCCCGAGGACCGCGCGGCCGCCCUGGCCGUCUCGCGAGCGCUGCGCUGGCCCCUGCUGGCCGACGUGCUGUCGGGCCUGAGAGUGGGGGCCACUGGAGUGCCGGAAGGGCUGAUCGCCUGCGGCGACAACAUUCUGGCUGCGCAGGAUCCGGGCAUGUGCACCGCUCUCCGUCCCGACGUGGUGUUGCAACUGGGUGGCCGGCUGACGUCCAAGCGGAUCUCAGCCUUCCUGGCCGCCAGCAGCGCGCGGGGGAGCAGCGCCGGUAAUGACAGUGCAGCGUGGUGGGUGGUGGAUGCCAGCCCGCACUCCUUUGAUGAGCAUGGCUGCCUUGCAGGGCGGGUGCGGCUGCCGCUGGGCGCCCUGGAGCGCCUGCUGCGUGAAGCAGGGGUGCUGGUCGAGGGAGCCGCGGCAGCCCCAUUCACCAGUCCGUACUUGGAGCUCUGGCGGACGAUGGACCGCGAGGUGGGGUUCCUGGUGAGGCAGCGCUUGAACAGCGCGCCGUACGGCGAGGCCCACAUCGCCGCGUGCCUGGCCUCCAGCCUGCCCAGAGGCCACGCGUUAUACAUUGGGAACAGCAUGCCCAUCCGUGACAUGGACAUGUUUGCCGACGGCCUGGCAUUGAGCGGGUGCACGCAGGGGCAAGUGCCCAGCCUGGGGUGCCCGGUGGGCGCCAACCGCGGCGCCAGCGGCAUCGACGGCGUGCUGUCCUCGGCGGCGGGGUUUGCCAGUGGACUGGGCAUGCCCACCACCCUGGUCGUGGGCGACCUUUCUUUUCUGCACGACACCAACGGCCUCAUGCUGCUGCGAUCAGGCAAGGAGACCUGGGACAGGGCUUGA